AUGCCCCUGCAGCAGUCAUGGUUUCUCCCAAGUCGAGUUCUACGCCGACCCCUUCCCCACAGAACAAGCCUUAACCCAUUACAACCACGAUCGGCCCUCUGCGAUUUCUCCAACUCCCCAAUCCUCCCAUACCAACCCCUCAACAUCCUCCCCGACUCACAGAUCACCACCUUCCAACAGCAAUGUUUUCUCCCCGAGAAACCCGCCAUCCUCCCUCGCUCAGAAUUCCUCAAUACACCAGCGCGAACAAAAUGGUUCCACGUCAAGAACAACGAUGGGAAUGGCAUUGUCAAUGGCAAUAGCUCGCUAACAAGCGAAGAUCAAUCAAUCGCCAGCCUAAACACCGAAUACCUCCAAACCCACGCCGCCGACGCCUUCGUCCCCCUCGAGCUCACAGAACUAGCCGACCCCCUCUCUGCCGAAGUCCGCAGCUUCCGCCAAUUCCACGCCCCGCUACACCUCUUCCUAGAAUGGAUGCGCGUGGCCAAGACCUCGCCCCAAGCAACGAGACUCUACCUAGCACAGUGUCAACUCCUCGACCUACCUCCAAUUCUACGCGCCGACGUUCCGACGCCGGAUAUCGUCGCGCACGCUGGGAAGGGCGAUGUUUACGACGCGAAUGUUUGGAUUGGCCACCCGCCAACCUACACGCCUCUGCACCGUGAUCCGAAUCCGAAUCUCUUUGUUCAGCUGGCGGGGCGCAAAAUUGUGAGGCUGCUUGCUCCAGAGGAUGGGCAGGCUGUUUUCGCGGGUGUGAGGAGGCAGUUGGGGAAGAGUAGUGAUCGGGGCGCGGCGGCGAUUCGGGGGGAGGAGAUGAUGCAGGGGGAAGAGCGGGCGCUGUUGGAUGAUAUGGUUUGGGGUGCUCCUGUUUCUGCUGGUUCGGAUGGGAAGGGGGUUGAGGCUGUGCUUGGUGCUGGGGAUGGUUUGUUUAUUCCAAAGGGGUGGUGGCAUAGUAUUAAAGGUGUCGGGGAGGGCGUUACUGCGUCGGUCAACUGGUGGUUUCGGUGA